CCCUCCGCCCCCCCAGUCUAGGGCUCCGGGUAAAGUUUCAGCCUCUGCACGUGACUCGCCAUGGCCGCUGCCGUCGCCCCGCGCCCCUGAGCCGCGGCCCCCCGGACGGCUCCUCUUCGAGGACCCCACACCCCUGACGCCCGGCAGCGCUGCGGCGCCUGCUUGGGGCAGACCCUGUGCCCGCAGACGCGCAGACGGGUUGCAUCCCCUCGCUUCGAGCACCACAGAACAUGCCUCCCCCCAGCCGCCUACCUGGAGCCCUUCUGGGAGUGGCAUCCUUUUUGAUACCCUGAAGACCAGCUCUGGACCUUCCUACAAAAGUGUCAGCUCCUGGGACUGCUUAACCAAAGGACAUCUCUUGGGACAUCCCCCAAUUCACCUGCCCCCCCCUCCCCUGGCUAGGGAGGGGGACCCAGAAGACUGAAGUUGACUAACUUGGGACUUACAGCUCCAGGGACAGAAGGGGGUGGGGGUGGGGGUGGGCUGACCACCCAACCCCCCUCUGGACCCAGGCCCCAUGCCCCGAGGAAGAGAGACUGCUUGAAGCCCAUCACAGCUGCUUACCAGACUGUUUGCCUGCCCUUCUGACUGUGGCCGCUUGGUAUGGCCAGCAAUAGCAGUUCCUGUCCAACACCUGGGGGCGGGCACCUCAAUGCGUACCCAGUGCCCCCCUACGCCUUCUUCUUCCCCCCUAUGCUGGGCGGACUCUCUCCACCAGGUUCUCUCACCAGCCUCCAGCACCAGCUCCCAGUUAGUGGUUACAGCACACCAUCCCCAGCCACCAUCGAGACCCAGAGCAGCAGCUCGGAAGAGAUAGUGCCCAGCCCUCCCUCGCCGCCACCCCUGCCCCGCAUCUACAAACCGUGCUUUGUCUGUCAAGACAAGUCAUCUGGCUACCACUAUGGGGUCAGCGCCUGCGAGGGCUGUAAGGGCUUCUUCCGACGAAGUAUCCAAAAGAACAUGGUAUAUACGUGUCACCGGGACAAGAACUGCAUCAUCAACAAGGUGACCCGGAACCGGUGCCAGUACUGCCGGCUGCAGAAGUGCUUCGAAGUGGGCAUGUCGAAGGAGUCGGUGCGAAACGAUCGAAACAAAAAGAAGAAAGAGGCGCCCAAGCCCGAGUGCUCAGAGAGCUACACGCUGACGCCGGAGGUGGGGGAACUCAUCGAAAAGGUGCGCAAGGCGCACCAGGAGACCUUCCCGGCCCUCUGCCAGCUGGGCAAGUACACUACGAACAACAGCUCAGAACAGCGCGUCUCCCUGGACAUUGACCUCUGGGACAAGUUCAGUGAACUGUCCACCAAGUGCAUCAUCAAGACUGUCGAGUUCGCCAAGCAGCUGCCCGGCUUUACCACUCUCACCAUCGCAGACCAGAUCACCCUCCUCAAGGCUGCCUGCCUCGACAUCCUGAUUCUGCGGAUCUGCACGCGGUACACGCCUGAGCAGGACACAAUGACCUUCUCAGAUGGCCUGACCCUGAACCGGACUCAGAUGCACAAUGCUGGCUUUGGUCCCCUCACCGACUUGGUCUUUGCCUUCGCCAACCAGCUGCUGCCCCUGGAGAUGGACGAUGCUGAGACUGGACUGCUCAGUGCCAUCUGCCUCAUCUGUGGAGACCGACAGGACCUGGAGCAGCCAGACAAGGUGGACAUGCUGCAGGAGCCACUGCUGGAAGCACUGAAAGUCUACGUCCGGAAACGGAGGCCCAGCCGACCCCACAUGUUCCCCAAGAUGCUGAUGAAGAUCACGGACCUUCGGAGUAUCAGCGCCAAGGGAGCUGAACGGGUGAUCACCUUGAAGAUGGAGAUCCCGGGCUCCAUGCCACCACUCAUCCAGGAAAUGCUGGAGAACUCUGAGGGCUUGGACACUCUAAGCGGACAAUCGGGGGGCGGAACACGAGACGGGGGUGGCCUAGCUCCCCCUCCGGGUAGCUGUAGCCCCAGCCUCAGUCCCAGCUCCCACAGAAGCAGCCCAGCCACUCAGUCCCCAUGACCGCCUGGACACACGUGGACCAGCCCUCCUCACCCCUGCCCUGACUUUCUCUGCCUUCCUGCUGGCCAUGUGACCUGUCGGCCCGGCCCUGCUUGUCCUCAGAGACAGAACUGGGGACCUUCCAGGGGGGACAGGAGGGAGGAGGCAGUGACUCUGUGGACAGAGGCCUGGACCCAAGAUGGACUGCCCUCUUCCGGCAGCCUGGGCUGGCAUCAGGGGCCAGGCGUUGAGCCACAAGAGGACCUGGGUCUGAGCCCUCACCCACCCUGCCACGUCUUCAUCACCAGCAAACGCCGGGACCUGGCUCCCUGUCCUCCGGAACUCAAGCCAUCACUCCCCAGUCGGGGACUUCCCCCCGCUUUGGAUGGUGACAGAGGGUGCCCAGGGUGGGGGAGACCCCCUGUACAUAUCCUGCCUACCAACCCCCAGAUAUUAAUUCUCGCUGGUUUUGUUUUUAUUUUAAUUUUUUUGUUUUGUUUUUUUUUAAUAAGAAUUUUCAUUUUAAGCACA